AUGAGUCGCAAGGGAGACAGCAUAACUUCCGCCAUUUCUUGCCAUUCUCAUUCGACGAGAACAGCUUCGGCCGUUUCCUUGGCCCAACCAGCGAGAUAUCGCCAAUUUGAAAUCGACAGUGAUGAAAACGAAGAUGCCCCGGAUUCAGACCAUGAUGCUACACUUUCAGAUGCAGCCCCUUCCAGAAACCCUCGAGGACCACAACCCGACACCGAGCCAGAAGAUACGGGACCUGAGGACCAAGCUGAGUUGACCGAUUAUGAAGAGGAAAGAGAGGUCCCACUCAGCGCUUGGGUCCAUCUCAUGACAAAUCAUUGUCAAGUGAAAUGUGUCGGACCCACGACGAACAGCAAGCAAGACAACAUCAUAUACGAAGAGGAAGAGCAUGAUGACACCGAUGUCAAUACUAGCGAAGUGGAUUCUGAGGGACAAUUCUUGGAUGGCUCAGACGACGACCACCAAGACGACCUUGACCGAAUCAAUGAACUGAUCGCUGAGAUCGAAGAGGCAAAGUUGAAGAAGCUGAAAGCGGAGAAGGCAAGACUGGAGGCAAAGAAGGCGGCAAGCCAGUCUCCUCGUAAGAAGAAGCGCACCCCAACCCGGAAGAAAACUAGGGCAACCUCCCAGAGGAAAGUUCCCAUCGCAAGAAAGAGGACACUGAAGGGAACAGCGCCCAAACAAGUCACUAUUGAAGAAGGUAACAAUACUCUGAAGUCUCCCCCCCAGCCACCUACGACCGCCAGAAUACUCAAACCGGAGUUAGCGGCCGCUGAAACUCAGAACAAUCAGCCCAUCCUCCAAUCUGUCCUUGAAGCCAUCCAUCCCUACUUUGUAAAGCUUCAGGACUCAGCGGAUAAAAUGAGCAACGCAGCCAGACGGAUGGAACAAGAACGAGAAGAAGCAAGAUUGCGAAUGUCCGCUAUCAACAUGGGACAGGAACAACCACAUCCUUCUGGUCCAACUCUGGUGGAUGGGACCCGACCAAUCAGUGCCAACCCCAUCCACCAUCCAGCAUCAACGGCUCCAGCAAUAUCCCCUGAAGAACCCCUGAGGCCGGCUUUCCACCAGGCCACGAUCAAGAGCUACCAAGCGGACAGUUCUAAAGGCAAUGAGGAGGAAAUCCAUGGAGUUUCUAUUACAAGUCUAGAUAUCGAUCGAGCAAUGAUGCCGGAGGGUCUCAAGAACGCCGAAAUUAAAGGAUUGUGGGACAGAGCAAGCGAUAUGGCGGCAUUACCAGGUAAGUGCUCGCCAGGAGGGGGUGAUAGUGAAAGUGGUGGAGCAGGUGAGGAAGUGAUGAACCAGCUCCUGGAAACCUUUGGGUCGGACAGCACCAAGAUCGCCCUGCUAGACACUGGCUAUUGUCGAAAAGGUCGCCAUGGACUUGGCCUCAUCACCAGCAGCAACAAACUUCACGAAGCCUGCCAGAAGAUCCUCAAGAAAGAAGAAGACACCUUCAAGAAUCAACGCUUCCAGUUCUUACACUACCUGGUCCGACUAGGCUAUUCGACUGAAUUUGUGGAAGAUUACGUUGAACGAGGUCUGAUGCCCCGCAUCAUCAAGGAAACCUAUGUCAACUUCUUGGCCCUUCUCAACAAGAUCCGCCACAAAGAUAUGGGCUCGGAUGAAGCCUGGGAAGACUCGGAGGCCUACGUCAUACUCCAGGUCCACUCGGAGAAUCUCCUGGACAUCCGCACAAACUCCAACAGCAAGAAGAUGUUGCUCCUCCAAAAUUACAUCUACCUACGCGAUGCCCGCAAGAAGGACUUUGGCAGCAACACCAUCACUGAAAAGAACAUUGGAAGGGUCGACAAGAUGAAUCAGAAGCUCCAAAGGGAGUUGGAAUCUCUUCGGGCGGCCAAGGGUCGAGGAGGCCGGGAACCUACCAAGGACAAGGGCAGGGAAGGAGAUUCGACCCUCAAAAAGUGUUCUCAAUGCAAGAGUCGAACCCUGCACACUGCCUUGAAACUGGAGCACAACAAGACUGUUUGCCCCCUGGCAGGGCAUGCCGGCUCAUGGGCCAAGGUCGCGGCGGAAGAAGUUGCCACUGCCGUCUUAGCAAACAAAGAGCGCCCAGUUGGAGAUAUUAUCAAGGAAGUCUCAGACAACUGGCCCAAGAAAUCCUAA